AUGGCUCCUUACCGCCUUCACCCUGUCCUGCUGCUCCUGGCCAUGGCCGUGCUUGGUGCUGUGUCUGCUGCUGCUGGCUACACACCGUUUGAUGCAGCGUCCGUCUGCUCAACAGAGAACAACUACACCGACGGCAGCCAGUAUGAGAUCAACCUCGACCAACUCCUCCACGACCUUCGUGACGGCGCAAUUGGGAAUGGUGGCUUCUUCGAGGCCAGUCAAGGCAAAUACCCUGACAGGGUAUAUGGCCAGGUGAUGUGCUACGCUGACUGUGAGCGGACAAAGUGCCAGCUCUGCUUGCAGGUGGCGCCGUCGUACGUGAUGACCAAAGGGUGCCCGUACAGCCGGCAGGCCGCCAUCAUGUACGACUGCUGCUACCAACGCUACUCAGACGAUUACUUUUCCGGCCACGGCGACUUGUUCCGUGGUGGGUACGACUACAUAGGCGGUGAGAGCUACGCCGAUGCCACGAACAAGACGAGGUGGAAGCUGGUAACCCAGCUCAUGGCGGAGGCUGCCGGGUCUCCACGACGGUUCGCCACACGGAGCCAGACGUACGUCGACGAGCACGGCGAGUCCCAGGUGAUGUACGGCAUGGUGCAGUGCUCCCGAGACUUGUCGGCGACCGAGUGCACCAACUGCCUUAAUAUCAUCGUGCAAGUGAGCAUGAGUCGGUUUCAAAACGCCACAGUCGCGAACUACAGGAGGUACGGCUGCGACAUCACCUAUGCACCCGACCCGAUCAACAUCCAGUCUGCAGGUCCUUCCAGAGGAACAGUGAUCCAUCAUCCACCUUUACAGCCGCUGGUUUGCAAAGAAGACGACAAGGCCAUGGAAAACGAGUUCAUGAAAGGGACGGGACCUAGGCAAUUCCGCUACAGAGAGCUGGCAGCUGCCACCGGCAACUUCUCAGACGACAAAAAGCUUGGGGAAGGCGGGUUCGGCUCAGUGUACAGAGGGUUCUUGAAGGACUUGAGAACAGAGGUGGCUAUCAAGAGAGUGUCCAAGGGCUCCAAGCAGGGGAGGAAGGAGUACGCCUCUGAGAUCAGGGUCAUAAGCCGGCUUCGGCAUCGCAAUCUCGUGCAGAUUGUUGGCUGGUGCCACGCCGGCGAGCAGCUCCUCCUGGUUUAUGAGCUGAUGCCCAACAGCAGCCUCGACGUUCACCUUCACCAUGCGGGCAAUGUGCUAUGGUGGCCAGUCAGACAUAAGAUCGUGCUGGGGAUUGGCUCUGCGCUUCUAUACCUGCAUGAGGAAUGGGAGCAGUGCGUGCUGCACAGGGAUAUCAAGACGAGCAACGUGAUGCUGGACGCGUCAUUCAACGCCAAGCUCGGCGACUUCGGGCUCGCCAGGCUCGUCGACCACGACAAAGGGUCUCACACCACCGAGCUCGCCGGCACGCUGGGUUACAUGGACCCGGAGUGCACCAUCAGCGGGCGAUCCAGCACCGAGUCGGACGUCUACAGCUUCGGCGUCGUGCUGCUAGAGAUCGCAUGCGGACGGAGGCCCGCCGCGGCUCGGCCGGACGGCGCGCUGAUCCACCUGCCACAGCGGGUGUCGGAGCUGUACGGCCAAGGGAGGAUCCUUGAUGCCGUCGACAUGCGGCUCGCUGGGAACUUCGACCGCCAGGAGGUGGAGCGUGUGCUGGUCGUCGGCCUCUGGUGCACGUGCCAUGACCGGAACCUAAGGCCGUCUGUAAGGCAGGCCGUCAACGUGCUGCGGUUGGAGGCGCCGCUCCCGGAGAGGUUGCCGCCGGUUGGCCAUCCGGCCGGCCCUCUUCCCAUGCCAGACUCCGAUACGGGCCACAGCUCCAGCACCGGCACCGGCACCGGCACCGCUCAGCAGCCAAUAUAA